CUGUAGGGCCAUGGAGCUGGGGCUCUGGGAGCCUAAGGCUGUAGGGCUGAGGACCAAGGAAUAUGGGGCAGGGGGCCUUGGGACAGGGACCAGGGAUGGGGAACUGCAGGGCUGUGAGAUGGGGACCAGGGGACCGGAGUCCAUGGAGCCGUGGAGCUGAAGCCCCCCAGCACCACCCCCAGCCCCGUGCUGGGUGGCAUGAGGAAGCCGCAGCCUCGCUGCUUCCUGCUGCAGCAGCUGCUGGGUUUCCUGUGGGUCCCUGAGCCCUGGCUGCGCCAGCACCCCCAGCCUCUCUGGUCCCCCCAGUCCCCUGUACCCCAGUGCCAGGCAUUGGCUCCCCCAGGACCAGGAACUGGGGCAGCAUGUGGUCCCUCCACUGCUUGUGGACAGGAUUGCCAUGGGGCAUUGCCAUGGCUGGGGGGAAUUCAUGGCCAUGGGACACAGCCUGGCCAGGGGGCAUUGCCGUGGCCGUGGAGCACAUUCUGUGGGAUGCAGCAUGGCCAUGGGGCACAACGUUGUCUGACGGUGAGGGCCAGGCUGUAGUGUGCCCAGGCGCCCCGAGCUGGGUGAGGAUGUUGGCAGGGCGGUGGCGGCUGGAGGGCCACCGGUGGCGGCGCACCGAGCCGGCUGUGGUGCUGCGUGCCCUCUACAACUACACGUACCGUGCUGAGGAUGGGCGGCAUGUGGCCAUAGCUGCUGGUGAGCAGUUCCUGCUGCUCCACAAAGCCAACGAGGACUGGUGGCAGGUGAGACGGGCUAGUGAGCCCCGCUGGGCUCGGCCCUUCUUCGUCCCUGCUACCUACGUGGCUGAGCUGGACCCUGGUGACACCGGGAGACGGAGCACACUGCCCCCCAGCCGUCCAGUGGGCACGGGCCUUCCACCACAGUACCACUCACUGGAGGACCUUCGUGGCCCACCCCCACCCCCCCCACCAGAGGCCACGCUGACCCGCACCUGCCCUGUGGGCCGCUGCAUUAGCACAAGCCAGCUGGCAGAGGGGGCCCUGCCCACCCCCUCCCCAGCCCUGCCAUGGUGCCAGUCCCAGCAGGAGCUGCUGGCCCAGAGCACUGGGGUGUCCCCCCGGGGAGCCGCCAUGAUCUACUGCAACGUAGAGGAGCUGCAGCGGGCCGGGGGCCAGGCUGAGCCCCCAGCGCCAGCCGGGCCCCCCCUCCAGAUUUUGGGGUCCUGGGAGCGUCACUUGGACCCCAGCACCGGUCGCAGCUUCUUCUACAACCCCCAGACGGGCACAACCUCCUGGAAACCCCCCCGGCGGCACCGGGAAGCGGGCCUGACCCCCCCUACUGAGCCCCUCAGGACCACCACAUGCUGGAGUUCCAGGGAAGCCGGGGUCCCCAGUGGCACUGUAAGCCAUGGCCAGACCCUUGAGCACUGCAGCAUGGAGGACCGGGCAGCCGCCCCCCAGCCCGCCCUGACCACAGCCAAGCCCCGGCCCUGCGCCCCCGCCCUGCCCAACGAGGUGCAGAAGGCCGGGCAGCUCAACAGGACCAAGAUCGCUGAGGGGGGAAGGAAGCUCAGCUCUUCACAGCUGAGGGGACCCAGGCAAGCAAUGUCCCUGGCACACAAAGGCUCUUGCAGCUGUGCCAGGAAGAGCUGGGGGGUCUCCUGGGUGGUGCUGGCCGGGAACAGCCUCAUCUUCUACAAGGAGCCCAAGGGGCCGGCACCCACUGCCUGGUGCCCUGUGAGUAGCCGCCCCGAGAGCAGCGUGGACUUGCGGGGGGCUGCCCUGGAUUGGGCCCGGGACCUCUCCAGCAAGAAGAACGUCAUCCAUCUCCGCACUGUGACCGGUAACGAGUUCCUGCUGCAGUCAGACCAAGAGGCCACCAUCCAGGAGUGGGCCCGGGCCAUCCGGGGGGUCAUCCGCCGGCUGGACCUGGAGAACCCCGUGGAUGUGCCAGUGGGGUGGCUGCACCAGGGGGACAUCGGGGACCUAGUGGAGCUCAGCGGGGACGAGGAUGAGGCACCACGGGUGACUGAGGGGGCCGGGACUCCAGGUGCCCCCCACACCCCCAACGCCUCAGAGAAAAAGCGGGUGAAGAGUAAGCUGAGGCGCUUCAUCGUCAAGCGGCCCCCACUCCAGAGCCUGCAGGAGAAGGGGCUUAUUCGAGACCAGGUGUUUGGGUGCCGCCUGGAGGCCCUGUGCCAGCGGGAGAGUACCACUGUGCCUCGCUUUGUCCGGCUGUGUGUGGAGGCCGUUGAGGAGAGAGGCCUUGACGUUGAUGGGAUCUACCGGGUCAACGGGAACCUGUCCGUGAUCCAGAAGCUGCGUUUUGCUGUGGACCGGGAGCGAGCCGUGACCUCAGACGGGCGCUAUGUCUUCCCUGAGCAGCUGUGCCAAGAGGAGCGGCUCAGCCUGGCAGACCCUGAAUGGAGUGAUGUCCAUGUGGUGACCGGUGCCCUCAAGCUCUUCUUCCGGGAGCUGCCCGAGCCCCUGGUGCCUUACGGGCUCUUCGACCCCUUCAUUGAAGCUGUCAAGCUGCCGGACCCCCAGGAGCAGGUGGAGCGGGUGGCUGAACUGGUGCAGAGCCUGCCCCCUGCCAACUAUGCCACCCUGCGCUACCUCCUGGCUCACCUCUGCCGGGUGAUGGAGCGGGUAGAUGUCAACCGAAUGACACGCCAGAACAUCGGCAUCGUGUUCGGGCCAACGCUGCUGCGGCCGGAGCGGGAGCCGGGCAGCCUGGCAGCAGGCAUGGCCCAGCAGAACCAAGCUGUGGAGCUGCUGCUGGCACACUUUGACCGCAUCUUUCCUGCACCCUCCUGAGCCUGGUCCCCCCCACCCAAGCCAGGCAUGCGUGCACUGGCUACCAGUGCCCCUUCCUAUCCCACCCAAGUCCUCCCUGCCCCAUGUACCUUUGACUCUGCAGUAAACAGGCAUCUUCUCUGGGACUGACAGCA